AUGGGAAAAUUGGACAGCUAUGAAAACCACCUGAGGCCCGAACUUGUCUCAUUUGAUGAUAUAAGUUAUAACGACUUGUCACAGGUUGAUGCAGCAAGAAAAUCAAUGUUGAGAGAACAAUGGAUAAGAGUAUAUGAAUUAAGGGUAACACAUGAAGCUGUAAGGAAGUGUAGACAAUAUCAUCAAGAAGAUGCUGGUAGAAAUUGCAAGAGUUUGAUUUUAAAGUAUUUGAAGAUGCUAGAAAGUUACCCAAUACAAGGUUACCAAGGCUACCAAAAGAACGAUCCGUCGAAAUAA